AUCAUUUCCAUAAACCCAUCACAUUUCCGCAUUGCGCCAACAGAGAGUACAGAUGCGAAAGACGGCAAGAGUGGAUUAUAACAGUACUACUGCUGCAAACUUGUUGAGAGCAGUUCAAGCGCGAGAGUUCACUAGGGAGGAAAUGGAGGAGAAGGAAAAGAAGAAAGAAGAGAAUGAUGGGAAGAGGUAUUGUAUUCUAUAUUUACCUAAAGAUUGCAUCUAUAAAACUCUUAUUAAACUUCCCAUUGAGUCACUUAGGAGAUCAAGUUUGGUUUGCAAGCCAUGGUACAAGAUGAUCAACAACUCUAUUUUCAUCCAAAACCAUCUUCGUCGAUCUGAAAUGGGUUUGAUCUAUCUAAGUCGCCUGGAACAGAAACUAAUUCAGAUGAGAUCGUUUUUCAUGUCGACAAACAUUAUCUCCCGAGUAAAACCAACUGGGAGUCUCGAAUUGACCAGUAUGAAGUAGAGUUGAAUUUGCAAUUUAUGGAGAUUAAAGAUGGGAAAAGCAUGGUUAGGUCUUUGAAGUUAAGCUCUUAUGGAGAAAUACGAGCUGCGUGCAACGGCUUGGUUCUACUCGGAAACAGCAGAAUUUGUGGUCCAAUUGUCAUCAAUCCUGUGACUCGAGAAUACACUGUUCUUUCUCGUGGUACAAUAGCUCUCCCGCAGGAUGAAUCUUAUGGAUUUGCAUUCAGUUAUGGAACUGGAGUGUACAAAGUUGUACAUUUGUUUCGAGAUCAUCUGCCGUAUUUUGGAUGUGAGGUUGUAGAAGUUGGUUCUCAUACCUGGGGGUCAGUUGAUGGUCCUAGUUUUGGACUUAUAAGUCAGAUGGGAAAGGCUCCAAUUGUUUCCCUUGGAGCUUUUCACUGGAUGCCUCAUAUUGAGAACAAUGAAUACAUAGUGUCAAUGGGCAUUGAUGAUGAAAAAUUUCGCGAAAUCCAGUUACCGAAAACUAGUGGAAGAUAUGAUGGUGUUGAUAUGGUGGAUUGCUUAUCGAUUGUGAGUCAAGCCGAUUAUAAUCAACUUGAUGUUUGGAUUUUGGAGGAUUUGGAUGCAAGUAAGUGGAUCUUCAAACAGAGGAUUAUUGCGGGACUAACUCUGUGUAUGGUGCCCUUUGGUUAUAGUUCAAGAACCAAGUUAGUUCUGAAGAGAGACAUAAAUCAAACAUUGUUUACUUAUGAUUUUGAGCACAGGGAGAUGAAGGAGAUUGAAAUGAAUGAAGACUGUUCUCCAUGUCUGGGAUCUAAUGUUCCUCAUUUUAACAGCUUAGUCUCUUGGAAAAACCGUGUAGGUCAGCGACUAGAAGACGUCUGACGUUAAAAUGCAUCAAGGAUACUAUUCUUAUGUUGUAAGGGAUGGCAAAACAUAUGCAAGUAUCAACAAAUACUACAUUUUACUAUGGGAUAGAAUCAAGGAUGUUGUUAGCUUUGCCACUAUUGGGAUAGGCUGUUGUUAAUUGUCAUAAAUAAAACAAGUCAUUUUUAACAACUGCUUCUAAAAGUUACCUGUACAGUUUCCUGAAACAAUAACAACCUUUACUAAGAGAUCUUACAAAGCAGAUAGAAAAAGAAGGAAAAAAAUACAAGUAAAACACAUAGAAAGCUAUUGUUGCCUGCUGUUCAAUCUUGCCAAAACUAUAUAUUCAGACUCAUCAACAAAAUUUAUUACAGAAAAUGAGGAGGUAACGCUAGCUUGCAGGUCACAGUGGUUACAGAAGCUUCAAAUAACUGCAACAAACAUCGGGCAACUGUUGAAGUGUUGAACCUUCUGACUGGGUUACUUCUUGAGUGCAUUCUUUCUAUCCCUGAGAUUGUAAGGCUUCGCCCUCCUGGUUUUAUUCUUGUUCAGCACUUGCAUCUCCUUUAUGUUUGGAGAGUAUCUGUUCAUUCACAAAGUCAGAUAGUUUCCCCGAGAAGAGGAUCCAUAACAAUUGAAGAAAACAAGGAUAAUACCAAAAACUUGUUACGGUAAGUCUGUAAGAUUAAAAUUUAUUGCAAAUAUUUAUUGCAGCAAGGAAUAAAUAUUCUGGAAUCAAAUGAAAUAUUCCCACUCAGUAUGCCAAGCUAACAAAAAAAAAAAAAGAAUCUGGAAUCAAAUGAUAUCGUUUUGGUGUGUUUCACAAUAACA